GCUGUUGCUGGGGUUUACCGUGUCAGCUCGAUCCUCAUCGCCCCAAGCGAGGGUUGAUCCGCGCCAAGCCACCGGAUGCCCCUACUGCUCCAAAACCACAGAAACCGCCUUUUUACCCUCCUUCAUCUUCCCCCAUCCUCCUCAUCCUCAUUUGUUUCCCACACCUCUCUCUCCUCAACACCCUCCCUCCUUCCUUCCUCACCCUGGAAUCUUGUCCCUUACACUCGUAUCCAACUCGUGUGUCGGUUGUUGGAAUCCAUUCCUCGGCUUCCUUUCUGUUUCGCCUUCUCUAGCCUGAUUGAAUAGGUUACCCGAGGUCAUCAGGCUUUUACCUUAGUGAUUAAACGACGCUUCGUGUGAAAAAUAGUCACGCUACUUACGGUAAAACUUAUUUGGCUACUUGUCUAAUUUUUUUCUAUCCAUUUAACUAGCAGUUCAUCAAAAUGGAAGCAGACGAGUUGAUGGAUGAUGACCUUUUUGCCGACCUGUGUGUAUUGUUUCAAUAUUUCUCCUUCACUCUCCCCCGUCGCGUUAAUAUCUGCUUACAACUACGAUUUUCAUAGCUACGGUGAGGAUGAACCUCUAAAGGCUGGCGCUCCGGCACCAGUAAAGGCGGCUAAGCCCCUUUCUCCAGUAAACACCCCAGCAGCACCACCAAGUGUGGUGCCACCGCGGAACCCUGAGGCGAGCUACCCACAGGGGCAGCAGCAGCCUCAAGAACCGGCUGCCUCUAACGUCACGGCCCAAAAGGCAAUUGAUCCCAGAGCUCCUCCCCCUUCUGUCAAUGUUCAAAAUGCAUCUACCAAAACUGAGAAUCCUUAUGCGGUCGAGGAUGAUGCGGAUAAUUACAGUGGAUGGGAUGCUGCAGUUGCCACUGGGGGUGCAGGAACUGGUGGUCUUAGUGGACAGGGUGGGCAUGGUAUUCACAACAAUGACGGUGGAUCUUGUGGUUAUGACGGGAUAGGUGCCGCCGGUUAUGGUGACCCACAGGCAACGGGUAGUCCGGCUAUCAAAGAGGAUGGGUGCGUAUUUAAGUUUACACUUUUUCUUGUGUUUUCAAGCAUUUUGGAGAAUUAUACGAAGCGAGAGGAUGGAGUAUAUGGUCAUGGCUGGUUUAAAGGAACUUUCGGGGUAGAAAGUUAGGGUAUACAGGUUUAAAGCGAAUGGCAGGGUUAGGGAGGGGAAAGGAGAGGUUGGUCGUUAAAUGAAGAUAGACUGGGUAGAGAGGGCAUUCUGGUUAUGGGUGGACGUUGGAUGCUCCCUCCCUUCAACUAUAUCGCGGGGUUACUAUUUCUUCGCCGACAUGGGAGAUCGCUAGAGGACCAUGGAAAUUAGGAGAGCUGCCUGCUUUGUCAUCUACCUGCUGCCUACUACUAUCACUACCACUGCCUAUACGAGAACUAGCUAGCAGAUACAUUCAGCAUUAAAUACGCGGGAUAGUUUCUGUACGAGAGCAAAAGAGAAAAUGGGAAUGCAAGAUUGGAAAAUGGAAAGAUUACUUGGUCAAAGUUUCUUCUACCCGAGAAAAGAGACCUUUUCGUUAUAUUUGCCUCACGCCAAAGCUAUAUCCUGCAUGAACCUGGCAGUCGUCGCCGUUGUGGCUGCCGUUGUUUUUCGGCAGUGGCCGGUGUUGUGGAACCAUCCUCUCGCUUCAGAAUUGGGGGAAAGAAAGAACAAGAAAUGCGUGCAUUUGAUUGGCGUUGAUUUUUUGCCUUGCUGUAUUAUUUGGUAUGGGUGAUGAUUGACUAAGACUUAUCUCGUGAUUUAAUAGGAAAAUGUUUAUAGGUGGAUUAAAUUGGGAAACAACUGAUGGUAGGCAUUAAAUGAAACUUUUUUACCUGCAUGAAAUUCCUUUUUUUCCUUCUUGUUCCUGCAAUAUCCUUGCCACAAGCAACUGAGAUUGAUGGUGUUUGUUGAUAUACAUAUUUACUAAAGACUCUUCGUUGCUCGAUAGAAUCUCUCAAGGAAUACUUCAGUCAGUAUGGAGAGGUGGUUGAGUGUACCGUUAUGCGCGAUGGUCCAACUGGGCGUUCCAGGGGAUUCGGCUUCUUGACCUUCAAGGAUCCUAAGACUGUCAACAUCGUAAUGGUGAAGGAGCACUAUCUGGAUGGUAAAAUUGUGAGCGCUACCUUUUCGAUUUCAUGUAUCGUGUCUUGACGAGUUGUUAACACGCUUUUUAUACAUAGAUCGAUCCUAAGCGUGCGAUUCCUCGCGACGAGCAGGAGAAGACUUCGAAAAUAUUUGUCGGUGGUGUCAGUCAGGAAGCAACUGAGGCCGACUUUAGGGAGUAUUUCACACAGUUUGGGAGAGUUCUCGAUGCUACUUUAAUGAUGGACAAGGAUACCGGUAGGCCCCGUGGGUUCGGUUUCGUUACGUUUGAUAGUGAAGGGGCAGUUGAGAAUGCCCUGAAUUGCCCCACAUUGGCCAUCUUGGAUAAACCUGUUAGUUUGCCCUCAGCUUGGUAUUAUAACUCCGUUUUGCUGAUAAUCCAUAGAUUGAGGUUAAGAAGGCUCAACCACGUGGGAAUAUCCGCGAGAGGAUGAAUGCCCACUUUGAUGAGCGUGAUGAUCGUGGUGGGUCCUUUAGGGAUCGCGGAGAUCGUCGUGAUCGAUUUGAGGGCCGUGAAGGUGGGAACAACGGAAACGGCAACUACAGUACAGGCGCCUCGCAGAAUCAGGGCGCGCCCGCUGGGCAGCAGAAUAUAUACAACGGGAUUUCCCCGCAGAUGAUGGCCCAAUAUUACCAGAAUGUCCAGAGAUAUAUGCAGGCCAUGCAAACGUUUAGUCGUGGUGGGGGUGGGCCUAUGCCUGCUAUGAACCCGGCGAUCAUGCAAGCACUUGGACGCGGAGGGGGAGGAGGUGGAGUCAUGAAUGCUAUGAAUCCCGUGAUGCUCCAACAGCUCCAACAGAUGCAGCAGCUUCAACAGCUUCACCAACUACAGCAACAGGGCCAACAACAGCAGGGGCAGUCUCAACAAAGCCAGAUGGGCGGUGCCGGAUCCCCGGGUCCCCAGUCCCAACAGGUCGGAUACGCCUCCUCGAACCAACCGGUCGGCUACCCGCACACCCAAGGUGUGCAGCAAUCUCAGCAAGUUCAAUCCUACGACCCAUCCUCAUACAAUGACCAAAACGCGGGAUACCGACAACGUAACUUCCAACACCACCCCUCCCAGCGUGACUACCAGCCCCCUCAGCCCCAACCCUCCUCCUGGGAAGGGAUGUACGAUGACGUCCCGCCCCAGCAGCAGCCGCAGCAACAACAACAGCAACAAGGACGUGGUAGGAAUGAACCCUUCCAACCAUCGUGGCCAUCAAACUAUGACAACUGGGAUGAUGUUGACCAAGCAACAGGUGUUGGCCGGUCUGGCAACGGCUUCGAUGGCCCACCGCCGAACGCCCCGACGGGGCCGCGUAACGCAAAGGGCUCCGGAAGCAAUUAUCGUGGCGGCGGGCGUGGCGGCGUGACUUCUGUUCGGGGCGUCAGCGCGGGUGCUGGCGGUGUCGGUAGCGGUGGUGUGGGACCGGAUAGGGCAGGGUAUGCUGGAGGCGCGGGUGGGUAUGCGCGUGGCGGUGGAGGUUACCAUCCGUAUGCAAGAAAUACCGAGAGGUAUUGA